AUGACACCAUCGAAACAGCAUACUAUACGAUCACCACGGUUCACAUGUUGGCAUCCAUUAUUAUCAGCAUUUUCAGCUCAAAUAAUAAUUGCCCUUCGUACUCUUAUAGGAAUUGCUGGUGUUGCCGGAUUUACUCUUUCACCUGUAACAUCUCAUUCAAUACAAGGUCAACUUCUAUUUGGUAUUAGUUUCAUAGUUGCAAUAAAAAGUACACUUGGUUCAACAAUUCAAAAAUCUAUUCGUUUAUUUCUUGCUGGUGCUAUUUCUACUACGUAUUGUCUUUUCAUUAUUAAUUUUUGUCCACGUUAUGUUUAUUAUGGUAUUGGUGCAACAAAUGUUCUUGUUCUUCUUAUUGUUUAUACUGAUUUACCAAUAACUGUUCGUCGUUUUACGAUUAUACCAACAUGUAUUAUACUUUUACAAUGGUUUACUAAACCACAUAUAAAUACUUUUUUUGUACUUCAAAUUUGGGCAUCAUUAACAAUUGGUGCUACAUUAGCUAUUAUUGUUACAUGUAUUUCAUUACCAACUAUAUCAACUGCUUAUCGCAAAUUAGCAAUGCGUAUGAGAUUUAUAGCUCGACAAACAAGACGUGAAAUAACAGCAAUUGUUUUACUUAUAUCAGAAUAUCAUAAUGUACAUUUAAGUGACGAAUAUGAUUAUCAAACUAAUCAAAACAAGGAAAAAACGAAUGCUUCAGAUGAUAAUGAUAAUGGUAUUGAAAUGCCACCAAAUUCUUAUCGUGAAGAUGAUUUCUAUCAACAUUCAACAUCACUUGAAAAUUUGAAAGACUAUCAUUUACUUAAAAGUGAUAUACAAGAUUUACUUUCAUUAGUUAAUGAUGAAGUAAAACGAAUGCAACGUGCUUUAACUGAAAUUUCAUAUGAACCAUAUUUUAUAUUAUUGAAAUUGCUUAAUCGAAUAAGAAGGUUCUUACGACAUAUUCCAUUUUUAAAAAAAUUCAUAAAAACAGAUUCAACACUAGAAACACGAUUAUCAGUAUGGACAACAAGUUUUACUUCUAUACAACGACAAAUUACUGAAUUGUUAACAUUAGAACAACAUCAUCGUGGAUUUAUAAUAUGUCUUCUCCUCGAUUCAACAUUUAAUUUUUUGGAUUCAACACUUCCAUAUACAACAGCAUCAACGAGUUAUUUUAAUAAAGCACAAAUAAUUACUUGUCGAACACAAGUUGAAGAAUCACUUGAAGAUUUUUUUGAGACAUAUACACAAGUACGUGAAAUUCCUCGUCAUUCAACACUAUCAAAUACAGAUGCAAUUCAUUUAAAUACAUUUCUUCUACUUAUUUUACGUCUUGUUCAUGCAACUAUAACUGCUGCUGAAAAAAUACGUUCAAUAAAAACAAGUUUAAGUGUACUUGUGUCUGCUAUUGUUGUUAUUUCAUUUCGUGAACGUUUACAAGCAUAUAAUUGGGUUCAUUGGGCACCGAUGACAACAGCACUUGUUUCUGAGUCAUCUGAAGGUGGUACACUUCGUUUAUCAUUUCAUCGUUUAAUGGCCGUCUUACUUGGUUCAACAUAUGCAUAUGUUAUUGUACUUGUCACACAAAAUCAUAUUGCUGUUGGAAUAUGUAUAUUUUUAUUUGUUGAACUAAUGGAAUAUCUCAAAACAGAUCCACAAAGAGAAUAUUUUGCUGCUGUCUGUGUACAAUCAGCAUCAAUUAUAACAUUUCUUUCUAAUCGAGCAGGACAAAUGAAUACAUCAAAUCAAGCUGUUUUAGCUCGAACAAGUUUAACAUUUUUAGAAAUAUUUAUACAUGUUAUUAUUUCUAAUCUUCUUCUACCAAUAACAGCUCGUGCAUUAAUUAAAAAAAAAGGUAAUCAUUCUUUUAUGUUAUUUAAACCAAAAAAAUAA